AGUGCAGUUUAUCGCCGCCCUGACACAUCCUUUGUAUACAAACUAGAGCACAUGGGCUGUAAAUUUAUGCGCCUGCGGAGGAUCUUACGGAAUCAUUUGUGCGCCUCUAACCAUUGCGAAAACACACCUGUUUUCUUCGGCAGGACGUCGCUGCUCGCAAAGUCAAGAUGCCAGAUCGGGACAAUAUAUGCACAAGACGCGAUUCAUCGCACUGCUGUAGCGGGCGCUGCCUGGGACCCCUUUCGUUCUACACGGGGGCCACGGGGGCCAGGGUGACCCUGAGCUCGGACGGCCGGCGGGCAGAGCGGGUUGGGAACACCUUCCGGGAUGGGCUGGUCUUCAGCAGUCGGCCCGUGAAGGUGCGGGAGCGGGUACGCCUGCGUGUGGAGCGCUCCGCCCCGCAAUGGCACGGCGCUCUGCGGGUGGGUUUCACUGCCAUUCGGCCCACGCACCGGACCCUGCCCUCCUUCGCCAUCCCCCACCUCACCGAUACACCCGGGUACUGGGCCGGUAUCGUACCCGAGGUAUGCUCCCAUCCUGGAUCCGAACUGCAGUUCUGGGUCACGCCACACGGAGAGCUAAAGCUGAAGGUACUAGGGACAGAGAAGAUCUUGCUGAAAGGCGUGGAUGUGAGACAGCCACUGUGGGCCAUGAUCGACGUGUAUGGUCAGACUUCCGCGGUGCUCCUUUUGGGUUCCAAGAAAAAGAAUCUGUUUUCUGUCCAAACGUCUUGUCCAGUCCCAGUGCCACCUCCAGUCUCCUCACGGGACGGGCUGGCAUCUCAUAUCAACAGCAACGUCUUUCCUUCUCACGCUACUUUGAGCCUGGAGUCUCUAUGGCCACCUAUGGACCCCUGGUACUUUCUCUCUGACAAUGAGCAGAUCACAGGAGCUUCCGAAAACUGCGUUGUCUGUCUCUGCCAGAAGUCCACAGUCAUUCUUCGCUGUGGACACCAGUGCCUCUGCCUCGAGUGUGUGGACAGGGUUUGUGUCAUCUUUAGGGAGUGUCCUCUGUGCCGGGAGCCGUUCUCGGACCUUCUCGAUGUCAGCCUGGCUCCCAGCUAACACCUCACUCCACGAGGAGGACUUAUAAGACAGAAGGGAUGUUCCCAGUGAGUGUGUUGGGAGAAUUCCAGCUGAGCCAUUGAAUGUAAUCUCCCUUUACGGUUUAUCAUUUACAGAUUUGCCUAACAAAGAAUGGAGACAAGUAAGCACUAUGGUUUAAUGGAUGAAGCUCAUGACUACUAACUAAACCAAUAUGCUGACUGAGAAGGCAAGAUCAGAUAUACUCUCACUUUACCAUCUGUGUUUAAUAACAAAUGGAAUAGCAGUCUAUCAGUUUGAUUGCAGCACUGACCUAGUUGCAUAUUGUCAAACUCUUCUACCUCCUGUGCCUGAUAUUUAAGCUUUUCUCCAAGCCCUCACUAACCCAUGACUUGGGGAAUGAGCUGCCCAUUGUCCAGGACACUUAUCACUGCAUCAACUCUAACCUAAGCAGCUAGUUUCAUACAAAGCAGGCCUCUCCUGAAUCUUCAUGUUUUAUUCAAUGAAGACAAUACAAUUUUAGAGCUGUUUUAACGACACAAUAUGUACAUAAUGUACAUCCAUGCACAAAUGUUCUGCGACUGCUUAUGAAAUUCGAGAUCACAGGCAGCCUGGAACACGUGAUGUAAAUCGGGAUGCAUAUGAAAUAUACAUAUAACUUUGUAAAGCUUGAAUUUCAGUUAAUAAGUGAAAAGUUGCAAUGGGUAGCUAUUAUUUUGUUAUUAAUGCAACUAAAAACAAAUAUCAUUUGAAUCCUGGAAUUAUGAGAACUUAAAUUGACUGUGAAAAAGCAAAUGGAAUGCAUUUAUCUUGUACAUAUGUAUAAUUUAUAUAAUUGUAAUGGAAUGUAUUUGUGAAUAUAUGAAAAAAGAUGAAUUAUGUCACUUGGAUGACUAAGACAUUAAUAUUUUUAUAAAGGGUAACUUUCAUUAUGUGCAAUAAAGCGUCCAAACGAAA